AUGGGGGCGCAGGCACUGGAGCUCUCCCGCAAACCCCACGUCGUCAUCGCGACGCCCGGCAGGCUGGCGGAUCACCUCCGCAGCUCCAGCACGUUCAGCCUGAAGAAGCUCAAGUUCCUGGUUCUGGAUGAAGCCGACCGCCCGGCGCGCAGGCAGACGCUGCUGUUCAGCGCCACGCUCACCGACACGCUGAAGGAGCUGCAGAGCCUGGCGGCCAACAGCCCGUUCUUCUGGGAGGCGGCGUCUGAGGUGCGGACGGUGGAUGAGCUGGACCAGCGCUACUUGCUCGUUCCCGAAGUAGCCAAGGAUGCGUACCUCGUCCAGUUAGUCCAGACCUUCCAGGACGAGCACCAAGACUGGUCCAUCAUUAUCUUCACCAAAACCUGCAAGGACUGCCAGGUCUUGAACAUGAUGCUGAGGAAAUACAACUUCCGUUCCGUGGCUCUGCACUCCAUGAUGAAACAGCGGCAGCGGUUUGCGGCUUUGGCGAAGUUCAAGUCCAGCAUCUUCAAGAUUCUCAUCGCCACCGACGUUGCUGCCAGGGGGUUACAAGUUGUCAUCAACCACAACACUCCCGGCCUGCCAAAAAUCUACAUUCACCGGGUCGGCCGGACAGCCCGUGCGGGCCGGAAAGGAAUCGCCAUCACGCUGGUGACGCAGUAUGACAUCCACCUGGUCCACGCUAUCGAGGAGGAAAUCAAACUGAAGCUGCAGGAGUACUCCGUGGAGGAGCGGUUGGUGCUUGACAUCCUCACCCAAGUGAACGUCACCAGGAGGGAAUGUGAGAUAGAACUGGAGGGAAUGGAUUUUGAUGAGAAGAAAGAAAUAAAUAAGCGGAAACAAAUGAUCCUUGAAGGAAAGGAUCCAGAUCUGGAGGCAAAAAGGAAGGCAGAGCUAGCCAAGAUCAAGAAGAAAAACAAGCAGUACCGUGAGAAGGUCCAGCAGACAAUGCAGAAGAAAAAGCAACUGCAGCUGAAGAGGAAGCUGCAGAAGAAGACGGAGCGGCAGCGGAACAAACUGCACGCUGCGGAAGACAAGUAG